AUGGAAGUAGAGGAUCCAAACUUGGUCAAGAUAGAGCACGAUCAUGUCUCUAACGUUUAUUCAACCGACUUGCCUGGUGUCGAUGGUACUUCUGAUUUCGCUUGGAAUCUUGACACAUUCAAAAAAAACUUCGAUAUCAGAAUCCACUAUUUAACUGAUCGUUCGGCCAAUUUCGAUUUGAUCAACAUAGACACUUCAAUUGCAAAUGCCUUUCGUCGUAUAAUGAUUGCAGAGGUUCCUUGUGUUGCUGUUGAAAACAUUUAUAUAUUCAAUAACACUUCAGUUAUUCAGGAUGAGGUCUUAGCUCAAAGAAUUGGUUUGAUUCCCUUGAAGGUUGAUCCUGAUGCCCUUUCUUGGAUAGAUAACACUGUUGAUGAAAAAGAUCGUUUCACUGAUGAAAACACUAUAGUUCUAACCUUAGAUGUCUCCUGUACAAGAAACCCUCAUCCACCCAAAAAUGUAACAGAUCCUAAAGUCCUCUACAAGAAUUCCUCGGUUUACGCAAGAGACCUUAAAUUUGAACCACAAGGCAAGCAAAUUGAAAAAUUCAAAGAUAACCCAAUUGCUCCAUGUGAUCCUGAUAUCCUUAUCGCAAAAUUAAGACCCGGUCAAGAAAUCUCUUUAAGAGCUCAUUGCAUCUUGGGAAUUGGUUCUGAUCAUGCCAAAUUCUCUCCAGUUGCAACUGCUUCCUACAGAUUACUCCCUGUCAUAAAAAUCUUGAAACCAAUUGUUCUUGACGAAGCUAAAAAAUUCCAAAAGUGUUUUCCCUCAGGUGUAAUUGGCAUUGAUAGUAAAGGUGAAGCAUACGUUAAAGACCCAAGAAAAGACACUGUAUCGAGAGAAGUUUUAAGACAUGAUGAAUUUAAAGAUAAAGUCAAACUAGGAAGAAAUCGACAAUACUUUAUUUUCAAUAUUGAAUCAACUGAUGCAAUGCCUCCAGAAGAGAUUUUUUUCAAAUCUGUUAGAAUAUUGAAAACAAAAGCUGAAUACUUACGUAAUUGUCCAGUUAGUUAG